GACGGGAUCAGUGUUCAAGAACAAGACAACUGAAGAGGAUUUCAAGUGGAAGACCUUAAAGUUUGGUGAGUCUCUAAAUUUAAAACAAUCUGGAAUCAAACUAAGGAAAUGGCUGAGAAGCUUUUUCAAAAUUUCCUGAGCUGCCAUGUGUGUUCAGAGACGUUCAGAGACCCUGUGUCUCUGAGCUGCAACCACAACUUCUGUUCAAGCUGCCUGCAGAAAUUCUGGGAACAAGCUGGAAACAAAAACUGUCCUAUUUGUAAAAGAAAAUCCUCAAAAGAAAGUCUCAAUGUGAAUUUUAGCCUGAAGGAACUGGCUGACUCCUUUGCCAAGAGACAGAGUCAGAGUUCAGCUAUAACUGAUAAAGAAAAGGAGAUAAAGAAGGAGGUGUGUGUUAAACACUCAGAAGUGAAUUACUUCUGUAAUGAUGAGCAGAAAGCUGUGUGUCCAGUCUGUGAGUUUUCUCUCCACCAGACUCACAAAGUGGUUCCUCUUAAACAAGCAGUCAGUGACUUGAAGGAGCAGCUGGAAUCUGACCUAACAUCUCUGGAGGAAAAGAGGGACAAAUAUGAACAAGUGGCGAUCACUUACAAUAAGAUAAUUCAACACUCCAGGAACCAGCUGCUGUUCACAGAAAACAAGAUCAGAGCAGAGUUCAACAAACUCCACCAGUUCCUGAAAGAUGAAGAGGAGUCCAGACUGGCAGCUCUGAAGAAGGAAGGGGAGCAGAAAGAGGAGAUUAUCAGCAGAGAGAUGAAAAGAACUAAGGAGCAGAUCAACUCUCUGUCAGACAGUAUCUCUGCUGUUGAACAAGAGCUGGAGAAAGACAAUAUGCCGUUCCUCAGCAGUUAUAAACCCACUCAGACCACAGCCAGAGCUCAGUGCUCACACUCAGAUCCAAAGCUGGUCUCAGGAGUCCUGAUAGAUGUGGCCAAACACCUGGGCAACCUGGCCUUCAGAGUCUGGAAGAAGAUGGAGGAGAAGGUCCACUUCAGUCCUGUCAUUCUGGACCCAAACACUGCACACCCCAUUCUCUAUCUGUCUGAUGAUCUGACCAGUGUGAGACGUGGAGACACAGGACAGGAUCUCCCUGACAAUCCAGAGAGAUUCACUAAGUUUCCUGAUGUUCUGGGCUCUGAGGGCUUCAGCUCAGGGAAACACAGCUGGGAGGUGGAGGUGGGAGAUCAUCCGGACUGGAUUAUAGGUUUAGUCAAAGAGACAGUUGACAAGAAUGAACCUGUAGCCUCACCAGAAAAUGGAUUCUGGUGUUUGAAGUAUGAUGAUGGAGAAUACACUAAUGGUGAUGGUCAGACUGUGACAGUGAAGAAGAGUCUCCAGAGGAUCAGGGUCCAGCUGGACUAUGAGAGUGGACAGGUGUCCUUCUACAACUCUGAAGACCAGACUGAGAUCUACACCUACAGAGACAUCUUCACUGGGAAACUCUUCCCAUAUAUUAGUAUUGGAAAAGCUGUUGAUGCCAAAACCACUGACAUUAAAAUCUGUCAAAGGAAGAUCAAUGUCAAUUAAUUCAGGUUUAUUACACAUUUAACUGUGUGUUUUUCAUGUACACUACGGACCAAAAGUUUGGAAGCGAGGCCAACAGAGGUCAAACAUUUGGAAGCACCUUCAAGUUUUUGUUCACAAUGCCUUUUUUAAAAAAAAAAAAAAAAAAAAACAGUAUGAGUUCUUUGUAUUUUGGGAUGCAUUUAUUGCAUCAGACAUUGCUUUCAGUGAUAUGCACCAUUUGGCCAUUGCUGAAUAAAUGACAACAAAAGAAAAGACGGGCUUAGUUUUAGAAUCGAGAAGAUUUGCAAUGGAAGAAAGAUGCUUUGGCCCCCUCGGUCUCCAGACAUCACUGCAAUUGAGCUUGUGUGAGAUGAAUUGGAUCGAUCAGUCAGAAAAGCGCCUCCCAUGAAUCAGCAGUCUCUUCUUGAUGAGCUUAAGAAAGCUUGGAAUGUAAUUCCUAGCACAUACCUUAAAAAACUUGUGUAUCGAAUGCCUUGUACAUGCCACGCUGUUGUAAAAGCCAGAGGAGGUUACUUUGAAGAAAGCAAAGUCUAAGCAAGAAAAACUCAAAUGCAUGAUAAAUUAUGUUAAAAAUGUCUUCUGAUAAGUUACUCUUUAUAUAAUGAUCAUGUUUAUUUUGUUGCAAAGUUAUACCAAUGAAACUACCAUCUUUUUUUGUCCUUUUUGUACGAAUUUGAUCUUGCUUCCAAACGUUUGGUCUGUAGUGUACAACAUUGACAGCAUGUAAAAGUUGUUCAAUAGGUGGAGCUGAUGAGUCCAUUGUCACUUUUGAAAGGGUUUUAAAAACUACAUAAUUAAUUCAAUUUUUUUGUUGUUAGUUUGUCGAUAAGAUCAGAAGAAACAACUGUCUGCUUUUAACAGACAUCUUGUUUUAGUUGUUUAGUUUUUGUAGAUUCACAGUAAAGACCAAAACAAGACAUUAAAGCAUGAACACAUAUUCUAAGAAUGGUCAACGACAAGGUUAGUCUGAAUUCAGAACCAGGCCUGAGACCCCCAGAGGGAAGAAACCUUGAGAGGAACCUUAAGCUCAUAGGGAGGAACCCAUCUACCUCUAAUCAGUUCACAUAUGAGAAAAUGUUGAUCUUUGUGAAUGUCUGUGAAUUGUGGAUGUCUGUUUUAGUGUCUGUUUAUCUUCAUUCAACAUCUGUUCACACAUGUUUGUUCCUGUGUCUUCAUUUAAACUUUUCCUGUGAAACAACACUUCAGGAUUUAUUCUAGUUAACAGAACAGUGUCAGUGGUUUCGUGCAUAUCUUUGAUGAUCUCUGUCAAUAAAAAGAAAUCAAAGUCACACUGGACUUUUAUCCUUCUGUAAACACACAGAGAGACAGUGAACUUUCUAUUUAAAGUUUUUUUUUAUUGUUAACACCUUAACACAUGUUCGCGUACGAGAACAGAGCAAUGAUCUGAAGAAGAAUCCGAGAACUAGAGGAUUAAUAUUAUUAUACAGAAGUAAAACCCAAACUGACAAAAACAGACAAACUAGAAAGAGUCAGCUGCAGAGAAAUGACCCAAGAAGCCUGGAAACAGAGGGGAAGGGAGGAAAGAGUGAAAGAGAGCCGACACAUAGAAGCUUGCUCAGUGUUUUCAGUAUAGUUCAGCGGCUGGAGAAAGAAGAUGGCAGAAGGUCAGAGCGAACACAGUGGCUACAGAUUCUCUCAGUGACGCUUCGUCUGACUAAGCAGCUGGCAGGAAGGCAGUAGAGCUCGCACUGACCCUGAGAGACCAGAGGAGGACACUUUAUGCAGUUUAGAAGCAGAGCUGCACCACCAGGUACGUUCAAUGAGGAUUUCAGCUUCAAUGGUUUAUCAGCGGCUUCAUUUUGCAGCCCUGGACCUCAACUACAACCUGCUGCCCUUCUUCACCUACUGCUGCAGGAAGCUGGCUAACAUCUACUUCAGUCAGGAACUGGCCCGCAUCACUAAAGGGAAAGGAGUGACCACCUAUGCAGUGCACCCUGUACAUUCACUCUCUGCAGUUAAACCGAAAAUACGACAGCUAAGCUUUUAUAAGGUUUUGUGCAAAGUAACUGGACGAGCCACUACUCGUUGCUGUGCCGGAUGCUGAUGCAGGUGGUCAUGUGGUUGUUUUACGUAUCGAGUGAGGUCGGAGCUCAGACUGUCGUCUACUGUGCU